GCGACGGGGCGGGGGACUCGGGCCGCGGCCGGGGCGGAGCCGGGGCCAUGGAACCGCCGCUGCCGGGCUAGGGAGGGCCCGCGUCCCCGGCCCCGCGGCGAUGGCGGGCUACGCGCGCCGCCCGGGCGUCACCCCGCUGUCCCGGGCCCGCAGCCUCGUCAUUCCGGACGCUGCAGCGUUCUAUGAGCGCCGGUCUUGUCUCCCCCAGCUAGACUGUGAGCGCCCCCAUGGCAGGGACCCGGACUCCCACUUCUUCGGCAUUCGGCCGACGUUUAUGUGCUAUGUGCCCAGUCCGGUGCUAGCUUCCGUGGGAGACACAGAUUUUGUCUACGGGAAGGGGAAGGGCACUAAGCAAGGUCCAUCGGGAGCCCAGGAGACACCUUUUGGAGAUGAUAAACUUGGAGAUCUCGAAGAGGCAAACCCGUUCUCCUUCAAGGAGUUUCUGAAAACCAAGAACCUCAGCCUGUCGAAAGAGGACACCACCAACAGCAGGCUCUACUCGAAGGAAGCCAAGAGGCACUCGCUGGGACUCGAUGGCAGCUCCCCGGCCUCCCAGCCCGUGGGCUUCGGCCUGGAGUACCAGCAGCCGUUUUUCGAAGACCCGACGGGGGCCGGCGACCUCCUGGACGACGACGAGGACGAGGCCGGGUGGACCGGGGCCUACCUGCCGUCCACUGUGGAGCAGACCCUCUCCUCGCGGGAUGCGGCCAGCGCGUCGCCCUGCAGCACGUACAUCUCCUUCUUCUCCGGCCCCUCGGAGCUGGCCGGGCCCGAGUCCCUGCCCCCGUGGUCGCUGAGCGACGCCGACUGCAGCGUCUCUCCCGCGGGGAGCCCCGGCACAGACUUCACGGCCCACGGAGAGUCUCUGGGGGACAGGCACCUCCGGACGCUGCAGAUAAGCUACGAGGCGCUGAAGGACGAGAACUCCAAGCUGCGGAGGAAGCUGACCGAGGUGCAGAGCUUCUCCGAGACGCAGACCGAGAUGGUGAGGACAUUGGAGCGGAAACUAGAAGCAAAAAUGAUGAAGGAGGAGAGCGACUACCACGAUCUGGAGUCCGUGGUUCAGCAGGUGGAGCAGAACCUGGAGCUGAUGACCAAGCGUGCGGUGAAGGCGGAAGGUCACGUCAUGAAGCUGAAACAGGAGAUAAACUUGCUCCAGGCGCAGGUCUCCGCCUUCCAGCGCGAGAACGAGGCCCUGCGCUCGGGCCAGGGCGCCAGCCUGGCGGUGGUGAAGCAGAACACGGACGUGGCCCUGCAGAACCUGCGCGUGGUCAUGAACAGCGCGCACGCCUCCAUCAAGCAGCUGGUUUCUGGAGCUGAAACGCUGAACCUUGUUGCUGAAAUCCUUAAAUCUAUAGACAGAAUUUCUGAAAUCGAGGAGGAGGCGGAGUCUUGAGAAACUUGUGCUGUUUACAUUCCGAAACCACUACUUACUGGAUUUUAAAAUGCCGUUGUACCUUUAAAUGUGCACUCUGCUCAGUAAAAACACUUACCCCGAGAUA